AUGAGAACUGGUAGUUGGAAGUUUGAUUUCUCAAGAGUCCUCAACCCAGCAGAAAGUAUUGAUUUGCUAGAAAUUAAACACGAACUGAGGAAUGUGCAGCUGAUGCAGGAAGAGGAUGAACUGGUGGGAGAUUGCACUACCGAAGGUAUCUACUUGAAGAUUGCUGAAGAUGGUACGGAUUGGGAGUUUUAUAGAGUUGUGCAUAGUAAGUUCGUUCCUCCAAAGGUUAUGUUCAUCAUCUGGGCAUCUAUGCAUGACUCUAUUCCAACGAGAAGCAUGUUGCAGGCUAGGAGGGUGGAGAUUAAUUCAAAUCUAUGUCUUCUCUGUAACAACGAGGUGGAGACGCAAGGUCAUCUUUUCAUUGACUGCAGCUGGGUAAAGUAUUUUUGGGAGAUUUUCAUCAAUUCGAUGCAAGUUUCUUGCAUCAGACCACUGAAUUUUAAGGAAACGAUGUUGAGUUGGAGAGUUGAAAGAGUUUCUCCUAGAAUCAAACUAGUUUGGCAUUUGCUACCAUAUGCAAUAUGCUGGGAGUUGUGGCUGGAAAGAAAUAGGAGGAAUCAUGGAGGUAGACCGAAUAAUAAGGAUGAGUUGGUGUAUGCUAUAAAGCUGGAUAUCUUCCUGUGGAGUUCUACAACAGAGAUUUUCAAAGAUUUUACGAUGAACCAGAUUAUUCAUCACUGA